CCGGGAGGCGAUAAACGUUGAGUGCACGCAGAGCUGUACAGGUUGGUGCAAUCACCCAAGCUGGCCUGACCUCAUAAGUAUCGUAAUUAUCAAAAACUUUAAGUCUACGCUUGCUGGUGAUGACCUGCUGAAUAAGCAUUUGAAAAGACGGCAGCGUGACAACAUAGUAGAUAGGUCACUUUCUGGAGGCCAGCCUCAGAUUUAGGCCUAUUACAGCAGUAUUACAUGUGCAUUAGUAGAAUUACUACAGAAUGUCGUUGAUGCAGUCAGAUGAUAACUUUUACCUUAUUCCACAAAAUAAUGAGAGAACAUGUUUUGAAGGCUUUAUAAAUGUACAUGGUCAAGAGCACCAAUUCCAAAUAAGUUUGCCACCAGGGGGAACAUUUUCUCAAGCAUCAGUCCAGUGUGACUUAUCUCUGCAACAAAUGCUACAGGGUUAUGAGGCAGUGAUUGAAAAACGUCUACAGCAAAGUCAGGAUUUGGCUACAUUCCUAUUGGAGCUGAAGACAAUUGCAGAAAGUCAGGCCCAAAAAAUGCAUCUAAUUAUGCUUCCUCCACCAUCAUAUUACAAACAACUACUCACAGAAAUAGAGGAACUGGAUUGGAAAAACGUAUCAUAUGUGGACACCAGUCUACAGCAGCUCCAUCUACGGGCUAUGGAUCAAGGAGGCAGAGAACAUAUCUUAAAAAUACAUAUAAGUUCUGAGCAUCCAGUAGAAAGGCCUAUAUGCACAGUGGAUUUACCAAUCCCUUUUAACAUUAGCUGGUCCAGUCAGACUGGGAUGCUGCAGUUCUUGUAUAAACAGUUCCAGAAUAUGCUAGAAACCCUGCAAGACUUUUGGAAUCAGCUUGAUGAAAUAGACAGUAAAACAUGGAUCUUAGAGCCAGAAAACCCAAUCAGAGGGGCGUCUAAGCGAAGGAUUGCUUUAGGCAAUAAUUCUUCUGUCCAGAUUCAAGUUGACCCAAAAAAUCCUAGACUUCCACCAGAAUGCAAGCUCCUUGGUGCUGAUCAUGUGAUAAACCCACUGAAUAGUAGAAUUGGAGAAUGGAAUCCAGAGGAUAGCAUUUUGAACAACUUGGAAAGAGUGCUCAAUGUCCAGUUUCCUUCACCAGCAAAUUCCAAAAAGGAGGACUUUAACAUGGAAUGUGGGAUUUGCUAUGCUUACCGCCUUGAGAUGGAGAUUCCAGACAAAGCCUGUGAUGACCAGCGUUGCGGACAACCUUUUCAUCAAACUUGCUUGUACGAGUGGUUGCGAGCACUCCCUUCUAGUCGCCAAAGCUUUAACACAAUAUUUGGAGAAUGUCCAUACUGUAAUAAGCCAAUCACAGUUAAGAUGCCAUCCUAGCAAUCAAACAUAAAAGGUAUUGUUAUGAUGCUCAGUGCCAAAUUCCAUGUAAAAUGUUUACCGGAGGAAGAAAGCCUUAAUUCAGUUGCAUAUUCCAUGUGCCGUGAUGUGCGUAUGAAGAGGACCUAUUGCAAUCCAUUAUUGCUCUUAUUACAUAGAGAAAAAAAAGGAUUGGGUGGAAUGAACCAUUUUUAAAGACAGCAUGAACUAGUUAUGAAGGACGGUUACUGACUCAUAUGUGUCAACAUGAUAAGAAAGUUCAACUAAGGCAAAAAUUAAUCACAUUUUCAACAUUUAUUUUUCAGGUUAGUACUGAAGAUGUAUAUAUACUAGUAUGUUAAUACAUUGUGCGUCUACAAGUGUAAAGACUUGGGCAAAAAAAUAUACCAACACACUGGUGACAAAUUAUUACUAUACAUUCAUUCAAAUGGCAAUGUUUUUUUAAAGAAGUUCUAAAGUCAUUUACACAUUCAAUCAACCUUUCUGUUGAAAAGAUUAAAUCUCAUUGUUUGAGAAUCUGACAUUUUAGUCAAGUUUCCAUUAAGCAAAGGAAGAGCAGUAUCACAAGUCACACCCAUAUACAGGCAUCAAAUAAAAGCAGU